GGCCUUCCGGUGCGGGUUAUAAAAAUGACCAAAAGCACGGAUACUCGAUGAUUUUUGUCUUUGUUCAAACGAUCCUUAAAGAUUACAACCCACCAGCCUCCUAUACUUCUUCUACUUCUUCUUCUUUUUCUAAUCUGUUCUUAUAAAAGACCCACGCCUUAACUUCUUUCACUCUGUAAUUCUAGCUCUUUUCUCUGGUUUUCUUCAUUGCAAUGGCUAAGAAUCCCGCCGCACCAGGAGAUAUUAAGAAUAAUUUUUUAGAUUCAAAUGGAGGGCCAGAAGAUAACAAUUCACUGGUUGUUUGCUUUGGCGAAAUGUUGAUUGACUUUGUGCCAACGGUUUCCGGAGUUUCCCUUGCUGAAGCACCUGCUUUCAAAAAGGCUCCUGGUGGUGCUCCUGCCAAUGUGGCUGUUGGCAUAUCCAAAUUGGGUGGUUCAUCUGCUUUUAUAGGCAAGGUAGGUGAUGAUGAGUUUGGAUAUAUGUUGGCUAACAUCUUAAAAGAAAACAAUGUUGACAAUUCUGGGUUACGGUUUGAUACCACUGCAAGAACUGCACUGUCAUUUGUUACACUCAGAGCAGAUGGUGAGCGUGAGUUCUUAUUUUUCCGAAAUCCAAGUGCUGACAUGCUUCUUCAUGAAUCAGAACUUGAUACAAAUCUCAUCAAACAGGCAAGGAUCUUCCACUAUGGUUCAAUUAGUUUGAUUGAAGAACCAUGCAGGUCGAGUCAUCUUGCCGCCAUGAGCAUUGCUAAAAAGUCUGGCUGUUUCCUUUCUUAUGAUCCAAAUUUAAGACUGCCAUUAUGGCCCUCAGCAGAGGCUGCUAGGAAGGCCAUAAUGGGUAUAUGGGAUCAGGCUGAUAUUAUUAAGAUCAGUGAAGAUGAAAUUACAUUCCUUACUGGUGAUGACGAUCCUUAUGAUGAUGAUGUGGUGUUAAAGAAACUUUUUCAUCCUAAUCUUAAGCUUUUGGUUGUAACUGAAGGUUCAGAGGGUUGCAGAUAUUACACUCAGGAGUUCAAAGGUCGGGUCGCCGGUGUUAAAGCGAAAGCUGUUGACACAACUGGUGCAGGAGAUGCAUUUGUCAGUGGGUUACUUGAGAGCUUAGCUUCUGACAUAAAUAUUUUUAAGGAUGAAAAGCGGCUAAGAGAAGCUCUAUAUUUCGCCAAUGCCUGCGGUGCCCUGACAGUCACAGAAAGAGGAGCCAUUCCUGCACUACCCACAAAGGAUGCAGUGUUCCGUUUCUUAGCAAAAGUUGCUGCUUGACAUAAAAACUAGAUUCUUGUAUCGACCCAAUAUGCUCCCAAGUCCCUGAGGAGCACUGAAUUAGCAUUAGCUCUUUUUUAGUUUCUGUUUACUGCACUCUUCAUCAUAUAUAAAAAAAAGUUUCAUUUUGCCCCAAAUGCUGCCUUUUGGUAUAAAUACUUAAGAGUCUCUCAAAAGUUGUCACAGCAAAAAAGAAGAUGUAUUUUGGAGGAAAAUCAAUCCAAGUCCAUGAAAGGGAAGCAUGUACUAUUGGGUUAUAAAUUUUAUCGAUCGUGAUGGAUAACAAAAUUCUUUUGGGAAACUCCCAAGUCUUGUUGUUGUAACAUGCAGAGUGAAGAAGUAAAGUAUUAGGCAAGAGCCAUGAUGUUCUUUUCCCAAAUGACUAGUAUAGAAUUAUUAUUUUGAUGAUUA